AUGGGGAACAGCAAGAAGGUUGAUGUCCAAGUAACGCUAUCACAGCCCAGUGCUCGGAGCGCCGGCCGCUUCUGUCGCCGCACCUUUGAGCUUUUGUACUUUACAGAGCGCCGUGGACCGCCGUCAUCUGCGUCCAAGCGCUUUUGUUCCAACAGCCCCUCACUGAAACCGGAGCACUUUACCCCCGCGAGCGCAACAAAACACCGCAUCCCGACGUAA